AUGAAGGAUCUCCUCACCAACAAGAGGAAUCUAGAAGACUUAGAGACUGUAACUCUAUCAGGGAAUUGUUCUACUAUAAUUCAAAAAAAACUGCCCAAGAAACUCACUGAUCCUAGCAGCUUCAUCAUUCCCUGUGUGAUCGGGGAGGGAAUGCAAGAAAAUGCUCUAGCUGAUUCUGUGGCUAGCAUAAAUGUGAUGCUAUAUAACUUGUUCUUAAAGCUAGGGUUAAAAGAUCUGAGGCCCACACGAAUGACCCUACAACUUGUAGAUCAGUUAGUGCGAAGACCUAGAAGAGUGGUUGAGGAUGUUCUUAUUAGAGUUGACAAACUUAUUAUUCCAGUGGACUUUGUGAUCCUAGAUGUGGACGAUGAUGUUAAAGUCCUUUUGAUUCUCGAACGUCCAUUCCUUAACACCUUAGGAGCCUUAAUUGAUAUCAAGGGAGGCAAGAUGACAUUGAGAGUUGGAGAUGAACAAGUGGUCUUCACCCUCCCCGAAGCAAUGAAACACACACUUGAUCAUGAUGAUACUUUAUAUUUCACAAAUACAACUGACUUGAUCAUUUCCGAUUGUGUGCAGGAAGUCCUCGCUAUGAAUCCCUUAGAUGAAUACUUGGAAGAGUUUAGGGACAAACAAAUUGAAGAAGAGACCCCCCUCCACCAAUACAAAAAGUAG